UUUGCAUAAACGCUAGAAACAUGACAUUCCGCUUUGAACUCGUGAUAGGCUGUAUUUCUGACACACCGUGAAGGCAGCAACGGCACAGACGUGGCUGCGGUGCAGCUGCUGCGUUCAAGUGGCGCAGUGUCCUGUCUGGAGGUAGAGAGGACGAAGUUUCUCUGCAUUGCAGCCAGAGUGCUGCUGCCGGAAUCUAACACCACAAUGGCGACUCCCAGUCCUGACAGCAACUCUACAAGCUCCAGCAACAGCAGCAUCGUAGGAUCCACGUCGCACCAACUUCACCAGCAGACACAGAGCAGCAGCAUGCAAGAAACCAAUACCUGCUGGAGAUGUCAAAACGAAACAGGGUUUCAGAUAAGCCUGUCUGGAGUUUCCCAAAGUAAACGUAAAGCUCUGAAGCUGAAUUUUGCCAACCCUCCAGUGAAACCAACCUCAAGGCUCCCGCUCAAUCCAACAGCUCCAUCUUUCCACAACCCUCACAUAGAGCGCCUGCGGACACACAGUAUCGAGUCUUCAGGGAAACUGAAGAUCUCUCCAGAGCAGCAUUGUGACUUCACUGCUGAGGAUCUGAGAGACCUUGGGGAAAUUGGUCGUGGAGCAUACGGCUCCGUCAACAAGAUGGUCCACAAACCCACGGGCCAGAUCAUGGCUGUCAAGAGGAUUCGCUCCACUGUGGAUGAGAAGGAGCAGAAGCAGCUACUGAUGGAUCUCGACGUGGUGAUGAGGAGUAGUGACUGUCCCUACAUUGUUCAGUUCUACGGCGCUCUCUUCAGAGAGGGGGACUGUUGGAUUUGUAUGGAACUUAUGUCUACCUCAUUAGACAAAUUCUACAAAUAUGUAUAUUGUGCAUUAGAUGACGUCAUUCCAGAGGAAAUAUUAGGCAAAAUAACAUUAGCGACCGUUAAAGCACUGAACCACUUAAAAGAAAACUUGAAAAUAAUCCACAGAGACAUCAAACCUUCCAACAUUCUAAUGGACCGAAAGGGUAAUAUCAAGCUGUGUGAUUUUGGCAUCAGCGGUCAGCUGGUGGACUCCAUAGCCAAGACCAGAGAUGCAGGCUGUAGGCCUUACAUGGCGCCUGAAAGGAUAGACCCCAGUGCUUCCAGACAAGGCUAUGAUGUCCGCUCUGAUGUGUGGAGUCUGGGAAUCACCCUGUACGAGCUGGCCACAGGAAGGUUUCCGUACCCCAAGUGGAAUAGUGUUUUCGAUCAGCUGACACAAGUGGUGAAAGGAGAGCCUCCUCAGCUCAGCAACUCGGAGGAGAGGCAGUUCUCCCCCAAGUUCAUCAACUUUGUCAACCUAUGCCUUACAAAGGAUGAAUCAAAAAGGCCAAAGUACAAGGAGCUUCUGAAACAUCCCUUCAUUCUGAUGUAUGAAGAGCGUUUCGUGGACGUCGCCAGUUACGUAUGUCGCAUCCUUGAUCAGAUCCCCACCUCUCCCAUCUCUCCUAUGUAUGUGGACUGACUGAGUUAAGCGGGGUGGGUUGGUAGGUUGGUGGGGGGUGACGAAGCUUUGUGAUGUGUCGCUUUGACAUCUUAGCCCCCAGAGUUGGGUAGAAUCACCUGUAUAUUCACAUGUUCCCAGAACAAAGGAACAAAGUCCAAUUUGCCCAGUGCAAUGAGGUAACAGCAAAGCCUCCCACCUCCCAUCACCUCAUGUAAAGAAAGUGACGCCCAAAAUAUUAUCAUCCAUUUUCAGCCAGAAAAACUUGAAGACAUAACAUUGUCUUAGUAAAAAGCAAUGCAUCUUUUUAUGUGAGGAAAAAUGAAUAGAGUAUACAUAUAUUGUGUAUAUAUAUACUUGAACGCAUUGUAAACAAAUACAGAAUCUACCAAAUAAAAUGUUGAACAGCAAUGCUUAUGACAUACGAA